UAGUCAAAACUUAAAUAUUCAACGAGUCUGGUGGCAACGCUCUGACAUCGACAAACCAUUUGUUGUGAAUGGUCUACUCCCCAUUAUUUAUAGUAAAUAAAGUUGACUUGCAACGAAUAAUGCCAUGUCAGUGUUCAUCCAGGAUGAGGAGACUUACCCGGAAGCCCACGUGGAGCAUGCAGUCUCCUCCGGGAAUGGAGCUGGAGGACAGGAGUUUCUCUACUGCGAGAGCUGCGGCAACGUCUACGAGGACAGCGAAGCGUACGCCCGCGAUCACAGUGGUCAGCCCGGCACCUGCGGCGGCGUAAAGGAAGAAUUGGAGUUCGUGGACCAGAUUGCAGGAGAUAUCGUUUUGGAGGAGGUCGACGACGAGGACAUCGUCGAUGCGGACGUGCCGCUCUGGGAGCUGGUGGAGGAGGUUCCGGGCGACAGCAGGGUCGAGCAGGAUGAGGCAGUGCCCAGCCAGUCGGAUCGCUACUUUUGCUACGACUGCCACAGCAUUUUCGAGAGCCGCAGCAGUGCCGAGGAGCAUGUAUGUCCGCAGGCGGAAUCCGGGGCAGGUUCCAGCCAGCAGGUGAAAGCAGAGUCCAAAGCACCCGUCCGCCGAAAGUUGAGCAGUGUUAGUGGCAGGGCGGGCCAAAAAGAUGCAUCCGCCGUCAUUACCUGCGGGAUCUGCAACACCGUGUUCAGCUCGGAGAAGUUCCUAAAGUUCCACAUGCGAAUCCACGACAGUCGCGCGUCCAAGAGCAUUCAGGACGCCCUUCCCGUGGGCGCCCAUCAGCAGUACAGCGAGCUGGAUCAGUUCUACUGCGAAAUCUGCAACAAGAGCUUCGAUGAGAACCUCUUGGCGGUACACAAACAGAUGCACCAGCAGACCACCAACGAGAUUAUGUGCAGCAUCUGCAACCGAAAGUUCGAAGACAAUGUUACCUACCAGAUGCACCAGAAAAUCCACGAGAAACCUCGCGAGACCGAGACCUCCAGCAGACUGAACCAGCGUCCUAGUAUCGUCGACAAGGAGAAGCCCGGGUUUCCCUGCCAGUAUUGCGACCGGGUGUUCACUCGUCCCUUCGAAAAGGUCAAGCACGAACGGGUUCACACGGGUGAGAAGCCCUACGCCUGCGAGGUCUGCGGCAAGACAUUUCGUGUGUCCUACUCGCUGACCCUUCACCUGCGCACCCACACCAACAUUCGGCCGUAUGUGUGCACGGUGUGCAACAAGCGAUUUAAAUCGCAUCAAGUGUACUCCCAUCACCUGCGCAUCCACAGUUCGGAGCGGCAGUUUGCCUGCGAUGCGUGCCCCAAGUCGUUUCGCACCUCCGUACAGCUGUACGCCCACAAAAACACCCACACCAAGCCGUACCAGUGCGCCGUGUGCAACCGCCCCUUCUCCUCGAUGUACGCCGUCAAGAAUCACAUGCUGACCCACAAGGACGACAAGAGAAAAGGAAGUACCGGCGCUAGUACGCCGACCCUUAAGAGCGGACAGCCUGCAAAAAGCCAGGCAGCUGGAAAGUUCUAUUGCAGCACUUGCGGUGCUGAGUACGCGCGUCUCUUCGCCCUGCGCCUGCACAUGAAGUCGGCCCACGGCGUCGUGGAGGAUGCGGCCUUGCGGCAGGAUGAUUCCUCCUCCACAACUGAAGAAGUGCAAACCGUCGAGACCGAUGACUCCGAGACUGCGGUGCUGAUAGCAGCCGCCGAGGCGGACGCCGCCUAUAUUAAUGCUGUGGUAAACGACGUUGACGUUGUGGGGUCUGUUCCCACCUACGAGGAGUGCGUCGAGUUUGACGUGGAUAAUUUCCACAGCGAGGAGAUUAUAACCGAUUGGCUUAAGUAGCGUUUAAAUUUGUACUCUGUCUAGCGACUGUUAUAGCAAAUAUAUAAGUUCUUCUUCCAAAUCCGAA